UCACUUUUGUUUCUUGCUUCUCUCUCUUUCCCUCCAAUCUUCAAAAACCUCCAAAACUCCCUCCCCUUUUCCUCCAUUUUCUCCGAUGUUGAACGCCGUCGAAGAUCUCCUCCUCCGUCACGGACACUCCGAUUUCCGAUCACAUCUCCUUCCUUCUCACUCUCACCAUCGCGGCGACAUGUCCUUGUCUUCGUCUUCUGCUUCUUCUUCUCUUGCUCAACCUAUUCCUCAGUGUUUCCGUCAGUAUCAUCGAUCUUCUCCGCCGUCGGAUCAAUCCAACGCUUGCGACGGUCGUCUUGCUCUCGAUGCACAUUCUACAGUUGCUAUGCUCGACUUGAAACGGACAUAUGAUAUUAAUGACUCUGAGGCUUUGGCUAGCAAACGAGCUGUAGCCUCUGAACAGAGGAUGCGAUCUAAUGAUUCUUCUUGUGAACCAGUAUCUAAUGCAACUGAAAAGCAAAACAAAAAAUUGAAGUUGCAGAAAAAUUCAAAGUCCAGGACUAAAAAAUCUACAGAUGAGAAUCUUGAUGGUCCUAAUUUAUCUACUAACGGUCGGUACGACAGCUCUUUAGGCUUCUUGACGAAAAAAUUUAUCAGGUUAGUUCAGGAGGCUGAAGAUGGAACACUUGAUCUAAAUAAAACGGCAGACAUAUUAAAGGUUCAAAAGAGGAGGAUUUAUGACAUUACAAAUGUUCUUGAAGGGAUAGGGCUUAUAGAAAAAACCACCACGAAUCACAUACGUUGGAAGGGAGGCGUGAGGCAUGACGCUCAAGAGCUCAACGAUCAAGUUGGUAGAUUUAAGGCUGAAGUUAAGAGUUUAUAUGCAGAUGAACGCAGACUUGAUGAACUUAUAAGGAUGAAGCAAGAACUUCUGAGAAAUCUCGAGGAAAAUGAAAAUCACAGAAAGAAUCUUUUUAUGACAGAAGAAGAUAUCUUGCAGAUUCCUUGCUUCAAGAAUCAGACACUUAUAGCAGUUAAAGCCCCCCAGGCUAGCUAUAUUGAAGUGCCCGAUCCGGAUGAGGAGGCUUGUUUUUCUGAGAGGCAGUGUAGACUGAUCAUCAAAAGCACCACUGGGCCGAUUGAUUUGUACCUCUUGAGCAUUUUUGUCGGGAAGAGGUAUGCCGAGAAUCCCUCUACUUUCAGCUCUUUAUUUCCCUUAACUCUUUCUAAAUGCUUAGGACUAUUGUUUGUGCUAUAUAUCUCCUCAUUCAUUCAUAUUGUAAUUCAUGAAUUUGCUGUUUAG